AAGUCAAAUGUAAAAUUUGACAACUUUUAACAGAUCCGACUGUUUUUAAAGUUCUUGUAGCUCUAAUGGAGUUCUUUGGUUUAACACAAUAUGGAUUUAGUAACCCUAUAAAAGAUAUGAUGCGAGAUGAUUACAAAGAACCUAAAAAACCACCAGAAGGGGAAGCAGAAAGUGAAAAAAUGAAAAAGAGCUUUGGUGAAAAAAUAAAGGAACUUGACUGUUACAUUGGUACUGCAAACGGUUUUGCUUACGGAUCUUCUGACAGGCUGUUACGAAUGCGUCGUAAAUACAUGUGGAAACCAGUUGGACCAUUUGAAAUGCAUAAGUAUCCUGGAGUAAACUCCAUGAAUUAUGGCUGGUGGAAUUACGACCCGGCCUUAACAUGCUUGCCUGCUGAAGAAAAUUGGUACCGGCCCAGAGUUACUCACUCUAUAACAACUUCGGAAAUGAGCCGAUUUAUUAAUUAUUGCCUGACCAUGGACAAAUAUUUUAAGAUGUGAACGUUCAAAACCAAUCAUUCUUGAAAUCGUAUAUCUAAUACUAAAAAAUUUUAAAAUUUCUACAAUUUUAUAUAUAUAUUUAUAUACACCAAUGUAACAACCAUAAUAUAUUUAUGUACACCUUA